UUGAAAUGUGCCGAGGCAUCUUGCACGUCCUUCAACAUCCAGCAUUACCUUACCACAUUAAGACAUUUUCUGUAUCACUGAACAAAUAUCACUUAUCAAAAGGCUUUCACGAGACAUACACAUAUAUCUGAUCCAAGCCUUGCAUUCGCUUCCUUCCAUCUGUACAUAUUAGAAACAUCUCUCAAAAUGAGUGCUCAAGAAAGACUGCAAAACGUUGCUGGCCACCUCCACUCCAGCGCCACCACAACUGUAUCUCCAGGUCUCAAGAAAAUCCUCGAAAAGAACCCCGAUGACAUUGUGAUAACAUGCGCCACACGCACAGCACUCACAAAAGCCCGUAAAGGCGGCUUCAAAGACACACUCACCGACGAGCUCAUGAUCCACGUUCUAAAAGCCAUCAAAGACAAAUCCGGCAUCGAGCCCAAUGUCGUCGACGACGUCUGCAUCGGCAACGUCCUUCAACCAGCCCCAGGUUUCGCCGCUCGGAGUGCCGUUCUGGCCGCUGGUUUCCCAGUCUCCACCUCCGCCAAUGUAGUCAGCCGAUUCUGCUCGUCCGGGUUGUUGUCUAUCCAAACAGUAGCAGGACAAAUCGCGACAGGCUCCAUCGAAGUCGGUAUCGCCGUCGGAUGUGAAAGCAUGUCAAGCAAUGCCGAUGCCCCACCUAAAAUUAGCGACGAGGUCAUGAAUCAUCCCAUUGCAAAGGACAACAUCCAGCCCAUGGGCUGGACGUCCGAGAACGUGGCGCGCGACUUCAACAUCUCCCGCCAAGCACAAGACAAGUACGCCGAGAUGUCGCAUAAUCGUGCCGAACACGCUCAAAAGGAGGGCUGGACAGCCGACGAGAUCACGCCCGUCACGACGCACUGGACCGAUCCUAAAACUAAAGAAACCAAGACUAUUACCGUCGACAAGGAUGAGGGCAUCAGACCUGGAACCACGUUCGAAGGACUGCAAAAGAUCCGCUCAGCAUUCCCUCAAUGGGGCCCGACUACCACCGGCGGAAACGCCAGCCAAGUCACUGACGGUGCGGCGGCGGUGUUGAUGAUGAAGCGCAGCACGGCCGAGGCGCUCGGUCAGCCCAUUGUCGCCAAGUAUGUUAAGAGCACUGUCGUCGGUCUCGAGCCGCGCAUCAUGGGCAUUGGACCGUCGUUGGCGAUCCCCAAAGUCCUGAAGCUCGCUGGUUUGGAAAAGGAGGAUAUCGACCUUUUUGAGAUCAACGAGGCUUUUGCUUCCAUGUACGUUUACUGUGUGGAGAAGUUGGGCUUGGAUGUCGAAAAGGUCAAUGUACGGGGUGGUGCUAUUGCUAUUGGUCAUCCGUUGGGCUGCACUGGUACACGACAGGUUGUUACCGUCUUGUCUGAGUUGAAGCGGAGAAAGGCCAAGGUUGCGCUUACAAGUAUGUGUGUCGGUACUGGGAUGGGCAUGGCCGGCAUUUUUGUGUCAGAGCAAUAGUCAAUUCAGCAAAAUGGAUAACUGUGAGCUUGUGACGAGCUCCGGGCGUACCGUCGUCGGAUCUGGCUCUCGCCAAGGGUCAACGCAGGUUGAUCUGGGACAAGCAUAUUGCGAGAACUU